CUUUACCAAAACUCUUCCUUCUCUUUCCCUUCAUUUCAAAUCUAGGGUUUUCCAUUUUUGUUUUUUAUUUUCUUCCUGAUGUUCUUGAUCACUGUUCAACAACUGUUAGGCUUUAACCUGUUAAGCCUUGAUUUGAGGGACCUCUUAGCUUCAGACUUUCUACAUUCUUCUCAGUAAGCUCUGCUGCGUGUUUUUUCUAGUGAUAUCCUUCAUACUUUGACAUUAAUUUCUUACGCCCUUUUCUUUUUCUUGUAGAGUGGAGGCUUCAAGAUUUCAUUUUUCUAUGUUUUUUUUUUACUGUUUUAAGAAAAACCCAAGUUAAACCCUUGCCAAGAAAUCUCUUUUAAGUUAUUAGUUUGGGUUUUUUUUGGUGUAUUUGGUUUCUUGUUUAGAUAAUUUUACUCUCUUUCUUGGUGGGUAGGUUGUUAAAUUCAGGCUAGAGGAGUUUUGAACCCAUAUAUAUUUUAUAUUUUGGCAAAAAAUAUUAUAGUUUUGUGUGUGUGGAGAAUUUACUGAGUAAAUGCAUGGAUGGAACACCACCUUACUACCUCAACAGAGGGGUUAGUGGGUCUGGUUCUGCGUCUGGACCUUCUGGUUCUGUUCCUGCUUCUGGAUCUGGGACACAGACUGGUUUACCAGCCCCACCAGGCUUCAAAACCUCUUCAAACCCUAACAUUUCAUUUCAGUCCAAUGUGGGUUCCACAUACCAAGUAGAAAACCCAUCACCCAGUUUUCCUCAUGGCAUUGCCAUGGGUGUGGCCCCCAGUGGUGUGUCACCGGGCGAUACUGGAAAGAAGAAAAGAGGGAGGCCUCGAAAAUAUGGUCCAGACAGUGCCAACAUGUCUCUGUUACUGUCUCCGAUGUCGUCCACGCCUUCUCCAGGGUCGCUAACCCCCAGACGUGGUAGAGGGCGGCCACCUGGGAGUGGGAGAAAGCAACAAUUAGCUUCUCUUGGUGAAUGGAUGAACACUUCUGCAGGAUUGGCUUUUACACCUCAUGUCAUACAUAUUGGAGCAGGAGAGGACAUUGCGAUGAAGGUGCUUUCAUUUGCACAACACAGGCCGAGGGCUCUAUGUAUCUUGUCAGCUAAUGGCACAGUUUCGGCAGUACAACUAUGUCAGCCUUCUGGCGGCACGGUGACUUAUGAGGGCCGUUUUGAGAUACUCUGCUUGUCAGGAUCUUACCUGCUUGCUGAAAAUGGUGGCCCCCGCAACCGGACUGGUGGUUUAAGUAUCUCUAUUUGUAGUCCUGAUGGCCACAUCAUUGGAGGUGCAAUAGGUGGUAAGCUUGUUGCAGCAAGCCCAGCUCAGGUGGUUGUAUGCAGUUUUGUUUAUGGUGGUUCUAAGACAAAGAACAAAACGGAGGCUGGUCCCAAUGGUGACAAUUCUACUGCUCAGUCUGGUGAAAAUUCAUCUGCACCUAAUGCAGCCCCUGGUCAUAAUCUCAGUCCAAAUUCUGCUACGAAUGAUUGGCCUCCAAAGUCACGGUUAGAUCUGACAAAUCCUCAUGCAGAAAUUGACCUGACUCGCGGAUGACACAAUUUGCUGCAAUAGAUACAAACAUGGUGACUUUGUAUAUAAGUGGUGUUGUAAAUGAACUGUGCAACUCGCCUUGUCUACCCACCCGUGGAUGAUGGAUUGUGCUAACCUAUUCCGUAACAAAUGUCACAGUCUAGGUUCUUAAGUAACCAUUUUAGAGAAAUCUAGUGGUUGGAGCUCAACUGUACUGUUCUGUUUGUAGCAAGUAGGAGUAUUGUCAUCAGAUUGAACUGAGUUUUCUUAGCGAACUAAGAAGAGUGAUGGUUCUUUGGGCCUUAAUUCUGUUGUAACCAACUACCAACAUACUCUUUCGGUUUAUGUGAUCGUGGCUAAUGCAUUUAAGACUUACAUCCUUCAAAAUUUCUUG